GUCCCAUGGCUAGAUGCAGUGUGUGUGUAAAUGUGUAAAUACGGGUGUGUGUGUGUGUGUGUGUUGUGUUGUGCGUGGAUGGAUAACCACAUACGGACACAAAGAGUAGCGAUAAUUUGAGCAGCACCCCAGAGGCUCAGACACCACUUUCCGACAGCAUCGCCAUCACAUCCAGAAGCAGGAAACCUCCACAGAUGACAUUUGAGCAGGUCGGUGGUACUAAGUGAAGGGCCGUGUAAAAGAGGGUUGUAGAGAAGAGCCCGCUGUGCAGUGUGAGUGUGUGUGUGUGUGUGCGUGUGUGUGAGUGUGAGUGUGGGUGUGGAAGGGGCUCUCAGUCAUGGGUUUGGUGGCGUGGCUGAAGAGUCUGUUCGUCCUGCAGCUCUUGAUAGGCUUUGUAUUUGUGGUGAGCGGCCUGAUCAUCAACUUCACCCAGCUCUGCACCUGCGUGCUGUGGCCCUUCAACAAACAGCUAUACCGCAGGAUCAACACCAGACUCUCCUACUCACUAUGGAGCCAGUUGGUGAUGUUGUUGGAGUGGUGGUCCGGCACCGAGUGCACGCUGUACACUGAUCAGGCCACAGUGGAUAAGUUCGGUAAAGAGCAUGUCAUCAUCAUCCUCAACCACAACUUCGAGGUGGACUUUCUGUGCGGCUGGACCAUCUGUGAGAGAUACGGCGUGCUGGGGAGUUCAAAGGUUCUGGCGAAGCAUGAACUGCUGAAAGUGCCUCUGAUUGGCUGGACGUGGUAUUUCCUGGAAAUAGUCUUCUGUAAGAGGAAGUGGGAGGAGGAUAGAGACACUGUCUUCAGUGGGCUCGGCCGUCUCAGAGAUUACCCAGAAUACAUGUGGUUCCUGUUGUACUGUGAAGGAACGAGAUUUACAGAAAAGAAACACCAGAUCAGCAUGCAGGUGGCUGAGAGUAAGGGCCUUCCCAAACUGAAGUACCACCUGCUGCCCCGCACCAAAGGAUUCACCACCACACUGCAAUGCCUGAAGGGAACAGUAAAAGCAGUCUAUGAUGUCACGCUGAACUUCAAAGACAAACAGAACCCGACUCUGUUGGGGAUUGUCAAUGGGAAGAAGUACAAAGCAGAUUUGAGUGUCAGGCGCUUCUCUGUUGAGGAGAUUCCUGACGAUGAAAAAGAGUGCGCCGAUUGGUUACACAAACUCUACCAAGAGAAGGAUGCAUUACAAGAGUACUAUGAAAAGGAGGGCUGUUAUCCCGGCCCAACAAUCAUACCCAAACGUCGCGUUUGGACCCUGCUGAACUUCCUGUUCUGGGCUACUGUCCUGCUUUCUCCGCUUAUUAACUUUGCCUGGGAUGUGUUUGUCAGCGGCUCGCCCCUCCUCAUCAUCGGCUUCAUAAUCUUCCUUAUUGUCGCUUCUGUAGCAGUCCGCCGGCUCAUCGGAGUAACCGAAGUAAAGAAGACAGGAUCCAGCUACGGCAACGUAGAGGCCAAGAAGGAGAACUAAACACCAUUUUCACCGUAUCGACACCGUGUGGCCACUGUAACGCUCACCCUGCAGUCCAGCCUCAGGCACAGAGCUGCCCUGUGUGCAGUUAUCUUUCUUUUUACAAAACAAAAAUGUAAUUUAAAAAAAAUGAAUGAAUUAUUAACAUCUCUUCAAUGCAGCAUUGGGAGGUAUAUAGGGAUAUAACUAUAGAUAUUACUUAAUAUGCUAGUCUGUAAACGUUAUAAUAAUUUGUAUGAACAAAACUGAAUGGGAAAUAGAGGAGAGGAAGCACUUUCAGCUGCGGAUCGAUGUGACACAUGUUUUCCUCCUUUUUAGCCCUGCCCCUUUAAUGACAAAAGCCACGGCCUCUUUUAACCAAACAAGCUCACGUCUUGUCUUAGUUCUUCAUUAGUAUUUAUCAUCUCCGGGAGUGCUUUGUAACACUUUGUUCUUUGCAUCUACAAUAUCAAAUCCUCCCUUUCACAGUUUGGAUCGCCACACUUGAGUCACCUGGACUGAUUUUUCUGAGAUCAGAAUUUCACAUCACGGACGGUUGAGGAAGACAAACAGCCCAGCCGAUCAGAGAAAAGGCGGUCACGCCACGGCCCCCUACCUACCAAAUGAACCGCUGUAGAUCUCCGAUGGGUCUAUUGGUCAGCUGUAAACUGUUAUGCGACGGCAAUAGAAAUGGACUGAGCAGGGUUUCCGAGGAAAAGCAUGUCUUCUGUAACUUUUCUCCCAUUUUCGAGACCUUUUCACAAUGGUGUCUUAUCCCACUCUGUCACCAUUGCAUUACCAUGUAGAUGAAUAAGCGAUGUUUUAUACUCCUAUCCACAUAGAGCAUCUCUUUAGUUAGUUUACAGCUAAAUGAAACACCCAUUGACCAUGAUUGAACUGCCCAUAUCUAGCCAUGUGUAACUCGAAAUAUAGGGUGAGAGAUAAAGAGAGUAGCCGAAUGACCAAGAAGACAACAAUCUGUGCUGUCAAUAAAAGAAGAUUGUGAAACCCGUUUUAGUGUGAACCACUGACACUAAUGGUUUGUAAAUAAACUCUAGAAGUUUCUUCAUGACCCAAACCCAUUCGAAUUAGAUGAAUACGCUUCAUUCGUUUAAAGUUAUUUCUCUAUUUUCUGUUGUCUUCCCUCAUUGUUUUCAAUGUGCAUCUUUGCUUUUUUUAAUGGCGAAAUUGGAAAGGACCCGUGCAAGCCUUAACGGAGCAGAACAGUGUAGUUUCUUGUGUGUAGUCGGGCAGUCCGGAGUGAUUGGGUUUCUCACGUAUUGUGCAAUUUUUAUCUGAUCUUCAUGUCAUAUUCUACUGGAAUUCAUGCGGUGUAGAUUACAGAUGCAGUCUGUGCGUUUCAGAUGCACAAUAUUCAUAUGAGGAUUGAAGAUCGGGAAAUUUGCAAGAUCUGUGAGACGCCAGCGCAACUAGUCUGGUUUAUAAUGUGGGGAGAAUACCAAAGUUUACUUGAUUAAAAUAUUGAUUGGAUGAAUAGUGGGUUAAAUGGUUGGUUCACCCAAAAAUAAAAAGUUUUAUUAAUUA